AUGUCUGCACUUGCUGAUCUAGACAAAGCUGAUACUGGGGAAGGUAAUCAAUGGACUGCCAAGAGUGUCUCAUCUGGGCAAAGCAAAAGCAGUGGCAAUCUUGCAGAGGCACUGAAGGCCAUUCAAUUGCAACUUGAUGUAGAGAAAUCCCAAAACCAAGAACUACUGGAGAAGAAUACAGUCCUAGUGGCAAACAAAAUGUGCCACUCUACAAAAGAUGUUCCUGCCAGCAUGGUUGCAUAUGAUAGCGAAAUCAAGAUGCUUGGGAAGAAGUAUGUUGUGAUGAUGGAAAUGUUUCUGCCACAAAUUCCACUAACCAAUGUGAUGUCUGAGCUGCCUAUGUCCCCUACUCCAGUAUUUGCAACAGCUGAGCACUAUGCCAGUGCCAUGGCAGAGGAGCAUGGUCUUGUCACUGAGCUUGACUCUAUUCUUCCAGAACAUCUAUGUAGAAUCAGGAACAUGCAUUUCUUUCUUGACAUUUUCACACAGGCAAUGCAAAAUGGUUGGUCCAACAUUCUCUACAAGCUACAUGACAAUUGCCAUGAGAUCUUUGGUCUGCCAAAGAACCACUUUUUGCCAAACUCAUCCCAUCUUGAAGUUGCUGAAGUCAUGAAGAUGCACAUGUAG